AUUCUCAUCCAUUCCUCAACAUCGUGACAACGACGGCGUACAUUCAUCGACGCUUUUUUCGUGUAAAUUAUGGUAUUCGUGUCAAAAGCUGUUCCACUGAAACUUUCGACGCAACCGGUGCACGAGCGGAUUCUGGACUCAUGUCGUAUCCAUGCAGCCGCCAAUAAGGACGCCAUAGUUUUUAUUGACGCCGAAACCACCACCAAGAAGAAGCUUUAUCGUGACGUGGAACCGACCGUGAACAGCCUGGCUACAGCCCUAGUCAAACUCGGAUUCAAGCCUGGUGACGUGGCAGCGCAAGCAUUCCCGAAUUGUCCGGAAUUUCUGAUUGCGAUGCUCGCGGUGAUGAAGUGCGGCGGAGCCAUGUCGAAUGCUAGUGCGAUUUUUACGGAUUACGAGCUUCAACUCCAAUUCAAAGACUCUAACACCUCUAUUGUGUUCACCGACGAGGAUCGUCUUGCCAGAGUCCGCCGCUCCGUCGCCAAGUGUCCGGGGGUCCGAAAGAUCAUCUGCCUGCGGACCUUCCCUUUGCGCGCCGAGUUUCCGGAGAAUGUGCUCGAUUUUGUAGAGCUCACUCAAACUCCCGAUCAACCAAUCAAUGUUGUGGUGAGCCCAGAUGCCAUUGCUCUUCUGCCAUAUUCUUCCGGUACCACCGGACGUCCAAAGGGGUGUCAGUUGACCCACAAGAACAUCAGUGCCAUGUUGGACAUUGCACAGAGCCAUUUGGAGACUGAAGUUGCUCAGGCAAUGUUUGGAAAGGAGAAACCUACUUGGAAUAAGGAGCACGUGCUUCUUCUGCUCCCAUGGUACCAUGCAUAUGGCCUCAAUACCAUGUUGGAGACGAUUUUAUUGGGGGCGACUGGAUUGGUGUUCAAAAAAUUUGACACGAUUGUCAUGUUGAAUCGCAUCAAGUUUUAUAAGGUCAAACUAGCCUGGCUCGUGCCCCCAAUGCUCAUCUUCCUCGCCAAAGAUCCAAUGGUCCCGAUCUUCAACGUGGCCCCAUACCUCAAAGUGAUCAUGUCUGCCGGAGCCACUGCCGGAAAGCAGCUCUGCGAAGAAGUCCAGAAGAGAUUUCCGAACGCUUGGCUGUGCCAAGCAUAUGGAAUGACGGAAAUGGUUCAGUUCACCACUCUGCCGAUAUUUGAGCACGGAAAUUGCUUUGAGACCGUGGGAAGUUUGGGACCAACUUAUGAGAUGAAGAUUCUGGAUAAGGAGGGCAAAGAGGUUGACAAAACCGACACAGUUGGUCAGCUGUGCUUCCGAGGACCUACCAUAAUGAAGGGGUACUUGAAAAAGGAAGAAUCUGACAUUAUCGAUAAGGAUGGAUUCUUGAAAACUGGCGAUUUGGGUUCAGUGGAUCAGAAGGGUCGUGUCCACGUCACCGGUCGUAUCAAAGAGCUCAUCAAGGUCAAUGGAAUGCAAGUUCCACCUGUCGAGAUUGAAGAUGUCCUCCUGUUGCACCCGAAGGUUAAGGAUUGUGCGGUAAUUGGGAUCCCGGACGAGCAGAAGGGCGAGUCCCCGAGAGCUUAUAUCGUGAAGAAGGACCAUACUCUUACUGAAGCCGAGCUCUCGGAUUUUGUUCAUAAAAUGCUCUCUUCGUACAAAUGGAUUGACACCUAUGAGUUUAUCGAUGCGAUUCCGAAGCUUCCGUCGGGGAAGAUUCAGAGAAAGAAGCUGAAGGAGAUGGCCGCUGGCGGAGGAUCUACGGAGAACUCGGAGGCCAGUCAGAGUUCAAAGGAAAUUUCUGAAAGAGUUGGAGAAAAGAAGUAGACUAAAAGAAUCUUGAACUGAGCAAAAUAAAGUUUGAUUUUAAAAAAUUAAUUUU